AUGGUGCAUCGCCUCUUUCUCGUUCUCGCUCGGGAGCCAAAACGAACACGCCUGCUACCUACUGUACUGGACCUUCGACCAGGCAUUCUACCUUUGUCGAAUCGGAACCAAUACCACUGCAUUGCGCUCGAACAGGCUUUGAGAAGAGGGGCAACAGUGAAGAUACCGAGACCGUGUCUAUGGGGUCUUAGUAAGAAUCUGUUGCAAGCAAAUGCAUGUAAGGGAGGAAUGCCCGCAUUAAGAUUUAAAACUUGUCGUCUACUUGAAGGAAAUGUUUGGAACAGGAAACUUACAAUAAUACAACGCCGCAUUCUUCGAAGAUUGAGGAACAAGACGAGAUCUAUUAAGAGAAUGAUUUAUUCUCGAAAAAAUCUGAAUAGUUACAUCCAAUUACAAACUACACGAAAGUUGCCCCUUUUUCAUGGAGAUUUACCCAUCACAGAGAUGCAUAGAGGAACAGAACGAACUUCAUAUAUCCCUUUUCCACUCAAUCCAGAAACAAGAUCGGACGUUAUUCCGGUUCGUCUCCAUUUUAGUGAAACUCUUCCUCAAGCAAGGCAGCCGAUAAGUCAUCGAAGGCUUUUUGUUAAUAAUGUAAUAGUCAGCAUUACUUCUUUUCAAGUUUCCCAAGGUGAUUUCAUAUCUUUUAAAGAAAAUGAUACUCUAAUCUAUUCAGAAAUAAGGAGAUCCUUCUAUAUCGAAAUUUCAGUUUCUAAAAUCAUAGGAAAAUUCCUGGAUAGCCCGGUAAGAAUGUGGAGAAGAACCAAAACGGAAUGGUUCCGCUUACUUAAAACUAAGAGGGGAUGCCGCCUACUACUGAAAGACCCGUUUUUGCAACAGUUGCGUUCUUCUAUGCAAGACGAAGACUUAGAAAGAACAAAGAAGUUUGGAUCCGAAAAAGUAUGCUUAGGCAGUUCUUUCGCUGAGCACAAGAGAAUAAAGAGGCAUUUUUAUCAUUUCAAAUCGAUAUUCUUAUCGAAGAGAAGGAACGAAAAAACCCUAAAUCUUACUACUAGAAAAAGAAGUCCUAUAGUUUACAACUCUUCUUUCUAUAGUAAUUUGACCUCUUGCUCCACCCAUCAGUCUUCUAUGAAGAGAAAAAUAAAAAGCUCUUCCCUAUCUACUCAUUAUUCGGAGGUGAAUCAUAGAACACUAAAAGCUGUGCUAUCUUAUGGACCUAACAUAGGUCACAUCCCUCACGUGCGCCAAGAGCACAUUCGAUAG